UUUGAGUUCUGUCCAAGCUAUGCAUGAAUGAAGACUGUUAUAUAUUCAUGUUGCAACAACUUGUUGCUUACUUACUUACUUAGUUACUACUACGGAUAAUAUUCACAAAAGGGUAGCCUCCUCUGGCAGCGAUCCAGCCAGUGUUGCGAGAAAUAUCUCCUUGCAGAAAUAAGUCGCAUAUUCACUACAUGCCUCCAAUAUUGCCCCCACGAGAAUAAUAACCUUUCCAAGGUCUCACAUACUGUUGUACUUCUCUAGUUUGACCAGCACAUCAUACCUCUAACAGGGGGGGGGCAAAGCCCCCUUGUGUUAGAGGUUAGGUUAUGUAAAGUUCGGUUGGAGUAGUUUAAAUAUGUUCCCCCACCCAAAACCCCAAAUUUCCCAUGGGUCCCCCAAAUUGAACCUCUCUGCAAGCUAUUUUGCAGCUGCAGCAGCGGGUGCACAACAGGCAUUGAAAAGUCAAUCAUUUAGUGAUUUCCGGAGAAAACUACUACCUAUCUUCAUAAUAAACAGCAUCAUAUUUUGUCCAGAUAUAAGCAGUCACAAUCUCGAAAAUAGUAGGUUACCCUUUCGUGAAUAAUCCCCACUACUACUUACAACAAGAAUAAUUUUCUUUGGUUAGAUUCAAAGUAACCCACAACUUUCUUGCAGAAAUCAGCAUAAUUUUUAUGUAACAUCUUUUAACCUUGCGCAGUGGCAGUAUCGUAACCAAUUAGGUUGGAGGUGUCACUGAGCGAAGCUAAGCAUCAGGUUACUGGGAACUAGCAGCACCUCACUAAACUACUAUAGCUGCAUCUGUGGUAGCCAAGCCCUAUCCCGCAGUCAUGAGGUGACCUUGUUAUUUCACCACAAGUUGAUUUUAGUAUUGUUUUUUUAUAGCGUGUAGUAAUUUUAUUUUUUUGUGGUGGAACAAAGGAGGAGGCCAAUUAAUGAUAGGUUGGGAAUUAUUGACUAGGAUUUAUUAUUUGCACAUGUCAGUUGAGGAGAUGUACGUUGAGUUUACUAAGACUAUAACCAAUGCUACAUUAGAACAUAUACCACAUAAAAGCAUUCCCACAAUGAAGCCACCAUGGAAAACUAAACCACUAACUGUUUUAAGACGUAAUAGGGGAGCAGCUUUGAAAUUAUACAAGUAAGCUAGAUCUAUUUUUGGACGUCAUUCCCCUCAGGCAAUCCAGUCGCUUGAAAAUUUCCUGAUAAUAAAUAGUCAAUACAGGAAUUUUACACUCAGGUCUCAAAUUGAUUAUGAAAUUUCACUUAUAAAUAAAAUUAAGUCUUGCCCCAAACUGUUCCAUUCUUAUAUUCGUAAUAAGAAGGUGAGUUGCCCAUUAACGAAGGAGACUACUUUGAAGGAGAGUAGGGCGCCAUUGGCCUAGGCUAGAAGCAUUUCUUGAAAUCGUAAAUGGCUGGAUACUUUCCGUACAGACCUCGUAUACAGUGAGAGACAGAUACCAUGCAAUUAUAUGCUAUCAUUGUAAGAGAUACGGCCAUCUUGAGGCCAACUGCACUGCCAAGAACAAUAGAGGCCCAAAGUGUUACAAGUGCUCUGGCAAUCAUAUAUCAAAGGAUUGCUCCAUGACUGAAAAGAAAUGCAUAAAUUGUAUGAGGUAUAAGAAGCCUGAAAUCUAUCACCCAGCGAAUAACCAGUGUUGUGUAGUUCUUCAGACUGAAAUUGAGAGAAUUUGUAACAUAACCGAUCAUGGCAAUUAAUUAAGUGUUUGUACUCAAAGAUAAAUUGUGUGUGAUAAGUGGUCAGUGAGUCGGAAAUAAUCAUUGGAUAUUUAAUUGUGAUAGUAUAAAGAAAAUAUCAGACAUGAAAACUGAUCUGAUGCAAAGUUCAUUAAAAAGAACAUCUGUAAGCUAUUCAGGAUAUAAAUUAAAACUCGCUCACUCACUACGACAUUUGCGAAUAAGUGCAUCGAGAAUUAUUAUCAAGCCUAAUAUUGCAAUUGUUGAUGGCCCUUGCAGAGCGCUGCACUAGCAGUGGAGCGGGACUUGAAACCUCAUCAACGGUAAACUGUAAUCAAAUAUUUGCACUGCAAAUGCUAACUUGAUAAGUACCUAAUGAAGGAUAGGAAGCUGUUUGCUACUUUCAUGAACCUAGAUAAGGCAUAUGACAGGUUUGACAGGAAGGGUUUAUGGGAUGUUCUAAGGAUAUAUGGUGUGGGAGGGCAUUUGCUUGAGGGGAUUAAAUCCUUUUAUACUCUAUAAGGAUGCAAGUGCCUCUGUACAUAUGAAUGGUGAGUUGAGUGAGAGUUUUGGUGUUGGUGUGGGUGUAAGACAGCAGUGUGUGGUGUCACCAUGGCUUUUUAAUGUGUACAUGGAUGGUUGUAUUAGAGAAAUGAAAGUCAGAGGUGGGGGAGUUAGGUCCAAGGCUGAAAGUUAGAGAUACAGAGGAGUCUGGUGGCAGGCCUGUUUGCAGAUGAUACAGUAUUGUUGGCAGAGAAUGAGGGGACACUUCAGAGGAUAGUGAAUGAGUUUGACAGGGUGUGUAAGAGGAGAAACUUGAAAGUGAAUGCUGGAAAGAGUAAGGAUAUGGUAUUUGAGAGGGCAAGAGAGCAGACCAUUCAUUUUGCAAAGCCAUGCAGAGUUAGAGCAGAAAGCACAAAGAACUGUAGGAUAUGGCAGGGGGAAGAGAAUUGAGGGGGUGACUGAGUUUAAAUAUUUGGGGACAGUUUUAUGGAAGUAUGGAAGGUGAGGUGAGGGAAAGAGCAGUGAAGGGCAGAUAGGUAUAGUCUGUUUCACUAGGAUAUUACAGGCAGCCACACCUCCUCAUGUUCUUAAUUUUUACUGGCCAUGUGGCAGCCAAUCACUGCGCUGAAAAAGUUAGGUUCGCUUGGCCCAGGAAGCUCGCUCUGCGAUCAAACUGCCUCACAGUGCUAUGGGAUGCAUGAAUAAAAUAUUUCUUCACCUCAAUAUUACCGUGAAAUUUUAACAAUGCAAUUUCACCAUUGAACAUGUAUAGUACCUAAUGUAUCAAGGAUUAUGAUGAGACAAAAAAUAUAAGCUUAAGUACACUGUGAACUUGAAUAUAGCUAGAAAUAUAAACUUAAUUUUAUUGUAUAAAAAAAUAUCUUAAUUCCUUACAUGACAUCUACGAGAAAAAACAAUUUGCCGUCUUGUGUUACAGAAUGAAUGUUAUAAACAAUGACUCACUGAUGGCAAAGCUACUAAGAAAACACAGGCAGGCCUUGUAGUAUUCCAGAUAUUAUUAGAAAACUAAGAGCAUUGCACAGAGUCGCGACGCCAGCGGCCAAGGUGGCAGCAAACUGACGGGUUCUGCACGGUGAUUGGCUGCCACGUAGGAGGACAUAGCUAAUCAAAAUCAAGUGAAAAAAAGAGGAGCCAUGGCCACCUGUAAUAUCUUACUGAAACAGACUAUAGUAGAGCCAUGGAAUGUUGGAGAAAGGACAUUGACCUGACAGGCCUGGUGGUGCAGUGUAGCAGUCUGGUGUCAGUGCUGGAGGGCUCCCUGGGCCCCAAUGGCAAGGCAGUGCUCAUGGAGAAUGCUGGCUGUGUGGUCAUAACCAAGGAUGGCCCACAGCUGCUGUCCCGCCUGGAGCUGUGUGACCCCCUGUUGAGUGUUGUUGUGCGUGGUGUGCUGGACCACACACAAGUGCUUGGGGAUGGCUGCAAGGUCACUCUCUUUCUCCUUCAUCGCCUCCUCAGCUCCCUGGACACCCAUGUCCCACACAGUGCCUCCAGGACACAAGGAAUCAGAAGGCAGAGACUCAUACAGAUUGUCCAGCAGAUAAGAAACCAGGUGCUGGGUGUGGUGCAGAGAGAUGUGAUCAAGUAUGGUGCUCAAGUGUAUCCUCUUAACAGCUUUGAAGUGUUUUCCCAUGUGCUGCACACAGCUGCUGAGGACUUUUUCAUAACCAAGUUUUCUAAGCUCAUAGCAAAAAAUCUAGCCAAGUUGUUUUCUACCUAUGUGUCUUGUGUAUGUAGCAGUAGCAGAGAACUUGUGAAACUGAUGAAGGGUUUAGCAAUAAAAACUCACACUGCAGUUGUUGAGGUCUAUCACAUGCCACUGAUGAUGUCCUAUGUACUUAAUGGUUUUGUAGUCUCAAGAGACUUCAGGCACCUACACAGGGGCAUGAAGCUUGACAAUGUUACCUUUGCCUGGUGGUCCAUGAGCAUGGAGGAGGAGCAUGAGGAGGGAGCCCCAAGACCUAUCCUUCAGACCUGCCUUCAGGAGGUGUUGGUUGGGGGCAUCCUGAUGAAGAGAAAUGCAGUUGAGCAGACCUUGGCAUCUCUUUCAUCACUUGGGACAAAGCUAAUUUUCUCCUCCCUCUACUUCCCUGACUGGGCAGUGUCCCUGUGUACCAAAUAUGGUCUCUCCUUAGUGGACUCAGUCGAUGGAGAGGAACGUGAUUUUAUAUUAGGAAGCCUGGGUGUGUGCCCCAUCAUGGAGGAGAGUGAUGUUUGUCCAAACUCCCUCAGCACCUUGGAAAGAAUAGAGCCACUGCAGCAGGGUACAUGCAGGUUUAUCCAGCUGAGUGGCCUGGGUGUGCAUCAAAUAUUACUAUGUGGCCCAACCCCUGGCCAGUGUAGACAGUUUUCUGCAUCUUUCCUCCAGCUAUUUAAGUACCUCAGUUCAUGGGUGGCUGACUGUAUGGACUUCUCCCAGAGCACUGACAUAGAGGAGUGUGAUGCUGCUGCUGGGUUCAGAGAUUGCUUCUCUCCACCAUACAGCCCUGAGGAGCUGCCACACUGUGAGCUGUCACCAGUGCUGAGUGAGGCCUAUUCCUCAGGCCCCUCCAGUCCCACCUCACCAGCUGUGUUUUUCACUGUGCCUCAUGGAGGCUAUGAAGAGCUGUUGGCCAAGUACCUCAUUUUAGAGAACAUUUCGGUGGAAAUAAAGAAUAGUGUUACUAAGUCUGUUGUAUUGGAUGUGUUCAAUGAAGUGCCAUUUUUGUUGUACAGAAAAUUCAGGUUUUCUCGAAAGAGUUAUGUUGAAUUCCAGACCAAACUGUUUACCUGCUUUACAGAGACUAGAAAGAGCAACCAAAAAAUUGUUUUGCCACACACCAUAAAGAAUGAUAUGUUCAAGGGGUAUCAAAAUCCAUUUCUGGUAUUCAAGCACCUCCAUUGUGCCCUGUAUUUUGCAGAAUAUCUCUUAAGGAUUGAGUGUAUUGUUCCAGCUAAACAAAGAAUUUCACAACUGACCAGUAAUAACAACUGUGACAGUGAUAGUGACUAAGCAAUUGUGGUAAGCACCAAGGAGAAUGGCUGUCACCACACACCUAAUCAUCUUCCUCAGCAGAAAAAAAGUUAUCAUAGGCAAGCAGUACAUAACUACAUCAACCUGAAAACACAGACCCACCUCACUCACUAUUCCUCACAGAUAACACUAAUACCAGGACAAAUAAAUCACCGAGGAAGAGAGGAAACAAAAGCAUUCAUAAUUGCAUGGUAAUGAGCAUACAUGAAUAAUUCCUUGUAUUGUGUAAUGUUUCUCAAUAUACUUCAAUCUUA